AUGUUUGAUAGAAGUGCUGAUGUAGCCUUGAUCUUUGGUGUAGCGCUCAAGAACUUAUGUUUGAAGCGUCCAAUUCUGAACACAGGGCAUCUGAUAAAGCUCCCAAUAAUAGGACAUGAUGGUCACGGAUGUCAACAACUAAGCAUUGACCUGGAGAGAAAAGCCGUCAUAGCUUACGUCACCAAUGGGGUAAAGAUGGGAACGUAUGACACCUGCAGAACCUAUGUACGGCUACACAAAGCAGUAUACGACUUUAGGUUGCAAGCAGUUUCUGACCAGGUUUUUGACCUGGAUUUACAGAGCCUGCAGUGUUCUUGUUCUUGCUUAAUUAAUUGAUU